AUGGCCCACCGGUUUUUGCUAGACGACAACCAGCGAGAGGAGUACGACUUCGGGCUUUGGAAGGAUCGACCAGUGAGACAUCACACAAAGAAGCGAGACAAAGUGAAGGAUUCGUGGGACGACCGCAAGCCCAGCGAAGAAGAGCAGGAUGCCCCGCGACACCACUACAACUGGGGUGACAGGCACCUGAUCGAAGAUGACAAGGUGGAAAGCAUCUACUGGGGCGACGCCGGCUGUCCCACAUGGCUCCAAGAAAAGAGGAAAGAAUUCCAAAGGAGGCGUUAUGGCGAGGACUACAUCGUGCCUUGA